AUGGCUUUUUGGGCGGCGCAGUUCCGAAUUGAGUCUGCCGUCGAUAGGGAUCCCAACAUGUACUGUUUAGGCCCGGAUGGACUACCGUCCGACGCAUCAAACGACCUUUUUGGGCAGUUUAUGAACUUUGACGGCGAUGUAGCUCCUGAGACUCCCAUCGAUGAUUGCCACAGCGGCAAUCCGGAUUCGUUCUUCAUGAACCCUGCGGCCAUGGUCACUGCCUCUUCGGUUGUCUCAUCCGCAGACGAAUUCGAUUUCUUUUCCACAAGCUCCCGCCUUGGCACUGCUACGUCUGCGGCGAGACAUGGAGUUGACGCUUCUGAGCUUGCUUUCAGAGUAGCUGCCGAUCCGGCUACUGGCGGAACACAUCAUCAGCUUGGCUAUCUCGGCCGCAAGUCCAUGUCGGACACUGAGCUGCAACGCCUUGAAGACAUCUCCCUUCGCUCGCCGCAAAAGCAUUCUUCUGUCUCACAUACAACAUCUCCCACGCCGCCAAACACUACUAGGAAACCAAAGAAAUUCGUCGAGGCACUAUCUUCUACUAUCCGCAAGGCAACUACCAGUCUGGGAAGGAAGAGCAGAAAGCAGCAGCAGCAGCAGCAGCUCCCUAUUGAGAGGGCAGCGUCUCCUACACUGGAGCAUCCUCCCAUGGCCAUCAAGUCUCGCGCAUCACGAAUGCACAGCAUAGCCCAGAGCAGCAUGAGCAGCGUCUCACAUGAGAGUCCAUCGCCUAUGGCGUAUGACCCCAACACAUCGACCUUUAUUCAUGGCUUCUGCGAUGACCCGUUUGCUGAGCAGCCAAGGGCAUAUCAUUCUCCAAGUAUGCAGUACUACAAUCAUGGCAGCAUGGAUCCUACGCCAGUGCAUGGUUCUACCCGCCGCAUCAAGAGCGAGCAGCAGCUGUACCAGGGGCCUCCAAGUAUGAUGGCAUCUACCGCUACCGUCGAUGCCGCUUCCCAGAUGCAACAGCAGCAGCAGCAAGGCGGUUGGCAACAGCAGAUGAUGACUUCCACCGCACCAGAUCAAUGGGGUGGCCCGGAAUAUAUGACGAGCCAAGACUCAGCCUGGUGGGAUCUCAGCAUGAACGCCAGCGUCAACCAAGCAAUGCAUUCGCAGCAUGGGGAGCUGCCCUACGAAUAUGCGCCCUUACCAGACGCAAGUGCGGCCGGUCUCAUGAUUCACAUGCCACAGCCUCGGCCCUCCCAGCCAGGGGUCGUCAAUGACAUCGCGCUCACCGCGCAGACAUAUCUACCGCCGCCACCCCCUAUCCCAGGAGCAGAGCGCUGCAGUCGGCCACCGCGAGCGCCCUCUUCCGGGACUCGGCAUCGAAACAUGUCUUCUUCCCCCAUGCGCAAAACCCGCGGCCCUUCCGCCUCCCCCACGCAAGCGCACACCCAGAUGCGCAAUCAGUCCCGACACAGCUCCACAGGAUCCAUCUCCUCCGUCCGUAGCACCUCCGGCCGGGGACCCGGGUCCGCGCCGAAUACGCCGGGAGGAGUCCGCAAGCGCAGAUCGCGAGAUGCAGGAGGAGGCGGUAUCAUCGGCGGUGGGAGUGGAGGCGGCGGCGGCGGCGGCGGCAUCAGCCUGGGAGGCGACGGGCUGGGCUUCGUCAACUUCACGCCAAAUGACGGAAACAUCCUGAUGACGGGCGUGGCGCCGAGUGGCAGCUCGAAGACGAAGGCUCGGAGGGAGAAGGAGGCGCAGGAGAAGAGGAGGAGACUGAGUGAGGCGGCGAUGAAGGCCGUGGCUGCGGCGGGAGGGGACGUGGAUAAACUGAUACAAGAGGGCUUUGUGUUUUAA